UCGCUUCUAUCUUUCAUCUCCUGCUUCCACCCUCCCGCUCUUCUUAAGAAUAGCUUCAAAUCGAAGGGAAGAUUUUAAUGCGCUUGGAGAAGAAGGCAUUAUAAAAUAGCCAGAGAUACUGCAUUCUCGAACCUUGAGGAGGAAGGCAGGUCUUGUUGUUUCUUAUCGGAAUCCGAACUGGUUUAGGGCUGCGAAUUAAGGAAUCUUUUCUCAGAUUUUGAAUGCUGAUACACGUUUGUCAUUUGCUCUGGUUGGGAAUGAGAUUGCAGCAGUGAGCAGUUGGGAAUCUGGGAGCGGAGAUGGGCGAGAAGCAGCGGUUCCAGCUGGGUACUGUAGGUGCGCUGUCGCUGUCGGUGGUCUCCUCGGUGUCAAUCGUGAUCUGCAACAAGGCACUCAUCAGUGCCCUCGGUUUUACAUUUGCCACAACAUUGACAAGCUGGCAUCUUUUAGCUACAUUUUGUUCUCUUCAUAUGGCUCUAUGGAUGAAGUUGUUUGAACAUAAGCCUUUUGAUUCAAGGGCAGUAACGGGAUUUGGAAUAUUGAAUGGAUGCUCUAUUGGUCUAUUGAAUUUAAGCCUUGGUUUCAACUCGGUUGGAUUCUACCAGAUGACAAAGCUUGCAAUUAUCCCUUGCACUGUUCUGUUAGAGACUUUCUUCUUCAGAAAGAAGUUCAGUCGGAGCAUCCAAUUAUCACUAGCCAUCCUUCUUCUUGGUGUUGGGAUCGCCACUGUGACAGACCUUCAACUCAAUAUUCUUGGAUCUAUCUUGUCGCUGCUUGCAAUUGUCACGACAUGCAUCGCCCAAAUUAUGACCAACACAAUUCAGAAGAGGUUUAAAGUCUCAUCUACUCAGCUCUUGUAUCAAUCUUGUCCAUAUCAGGCAAUAACCCUCUUCAUAAUUGGUCCUUUUCUUGAUGGACUUCUAACUAAACAGAAUGUUUUUGCAUUCAAGUAUACACCUGAAGUUUUGGUCUUUAUUGUAGUAUCUUGCCUAAUAUCUGUCUCUGUGAACUUCAGUACUUUUCUUGUUAUUGGAAAAACAUCUCCUGUCACAUACCAAGUUUUGGGUCACCUCAAAACAUGCUUAGUUCUAGCAUUUGGCUAUGUUUUAUUCCGUGAUCCAUUUAGCUGGAGGAAUAUAUUUGGAAUUUCUGUAGCAGUAGUUGGAAUGGUCCUGUAUUCUUACCAUUGUGCAAUUGAGAACCAGCAAAAAGCUAGUGAAGUGAUUCUCCAGCUAUCGCAGGCAAAGUAAAGCUAGCUCGAUCUUCUGAUUGGUGUCGAAAAUGAAGCAAAUUUGUCUGUGGAUGGUAUCACUCAAAACUCUCAUUGGAACUCAAACAAAGAUCUCCAUGCUUGACUUCUUCCCUGUUCAUCCAGUUCUAAUCAGUACACAUUGAUGCCAAGUGCAUCUUCGGUAAACUUGCUUCAACAAUUCUGAAAGGAAGUCAGAUACUCAUUUUUUCUUUGUUCAGUAU